UGUGUGUCUACACGAUCACAAAAAAAAGCUCUCCAAGUGAUAAUUGCGAGAGAGAGAGAGAGAGAGAUAUAAAAAAGAAACCUUCUGUGAGAAUUUUCAACGAAGAAGAAUACAACAAACAAACUCGUAGGAGAAGAAGAAGAAGAAGAAGAAGAUGUCGUGGCAAUCAUACGUCGAUGAUCACCUUAUGUGCGAUGUCGAAGGCAACCAGCUCACCUCCGCCGCUAUUCUCGGUCAAGACGGCAGUGUCUGGGCUCAGAGCACCAAAUUCCCUCAGUUGAAGCCUGAAGAAGUCGCUGGAAUCCUCAAGGACUUUGAGGAGCCCGGGACUCUUGCCCCAACCGGACUAUUCCUUGGUGGCGAAAAAUACAUGGUUAUUCAAGGUGAACCUGAAGCUGUGAUCCGAGGGAAGAAGGGACCUGGAGGCGUGACUAUCAAGAAGACGAAGCAAGCACUGGUCUUUGGCAUCUACGAUGAACCCAUGACUGGAGGUCAAUGCAACUUGGUUGUCGAAAGGCUCGGGGAUUACCUUAUGGAGUCUGAUCUCUAAACUCAACAAGGUUUUCAUUUCAGUUUCUUCUUCGUGACUAAAAGAGUGUCUUGUUGUGAUUGAUUGUAAUGCUUUCAAACACACAAAUCAAUUGUUGUUACUUUAGAACCAAUUGUGAUUUGUUGGUCUCGUUACCUUGUUUGGGUUUGUGUGUUCUUGUGAUGACAUUUGAUGAUCAUUUCGCUUUCAUAUGUAUUGAGUCUUGAUAUUUUUUUUUUUGUUUCUUCAUACUUUUUACCUUUUUCUUGAAUUGAAUUGUUCUGCGGUUUUA